AUGGGUGCCCUUCUUUACCUGCGCAAGGUCUACGACCUCGACACCCUCGACACCCGAUUUACGAGCUCCUCUUCCACUCCGUACCAGACAGUCAUCGAUGCUCGUGGCGACCCGGUCGAACAGAAAGAGGCUGAGAUUAAGGCUCGAAGCUCAGCGCCGCCGCCGAAAUGGCGCACGCCAGAGUUCUUCCUCUACUACCUCGUCUUCAUUGUGGUUGUCCCGUACAUGUUCUGGAUAGCAUAUGAUGUCUCAAAACCUUCUGACCCGCGGUACCCCAAGUACGAGAGAUAUCUGUCCGAUGGAUGGAUCCCCGGCCGAAAGAUUGACAAUUCCGAUGCGCAAUACCAGACAUUUCGAGGCAACUUCCCUGUCUUGACGGGCCUUUUGAUAUUCCACCCGCUGCUAAGAAAAGGAUUCGAAUCUCUAUAUAACCCAUCGGCGCGGGGCACAAGGGGCUCAUCCAGACUGGACCAGCGCGCUACGUUCGACUUUGCCUUUGCAAUCAUCUUCAUUGUCAUCCUGCACGGCAUAUCCUCCUUCAAGAUCAUUGCUAUUCUCGCCAUCAAUUACCAACUCGCCACCAAGCUACCCCGGAAUUACGUCCCUGCAGCUACAUGGAUCUUCAACGUCGGCACGUUGUUCGCCAAUGAGUUGACCAUGGGAUACAGGUUCCAGCUCUUGGCCAAUUGGGUCGGCCCUCCUUGGGGACCGCUGGCGCAUUGGGGCUACUGGCUGGACAAUUGGGGUGGAAUCAUGAAGCGCUGGGAUAUUCUUUUCAACAUUACCAUCCUGCGGCUCAUCAGCUUCAAUCUGGAUUACUACUGGAGCAUCGAUAAGCGCCAUGUCAACACUCUUGAGAAGAAGGGAUUGGAUCCCGCUAGUCUUUCCGAGCGCGACCGAGUUUCGAUUCCGGCCGAUAUUAGAGACUUUUCGUUUCGAAAUUAUUUGGCGUAUGCCUUGUACGCACCGCUAUACAUUGCUGGUCCGAUCUUGACGUUCAACGACUACAUUUCUCAAGCCAAGCAUCGCGCUGCGAGCAUUGAAUGGCCGCGCACCAUUCGAUACGGCAUUCGAUUCCUGCUUGUGCUCCUCUCUAUGGAGCUCAUCCUACACUUUGACUAUGUCGGCGCGAUUAGCAAAGCAGCCCCUGUUUGGAGCGACUAUACCGCUGCCCAGCUCAGUCUCUUGUCCUUCUUCAACCUCCACAUCAUCUGGCUGAAGCUUCUUCUUCCCUGGCGCAUGUUCCGUCUUUGGGCGCUGGUGGAUGGAAUUGAUCCUCCAGAAAACAUGGUCCGAUGCGUGAGCAACAACUACAGCACGCAGCUCUUCUGGCGCGCCUGGCACCGCUCGUAUAACCGCUGGCUCAUCCGCUAUAUCUACGUACCGCUCGGUGGUUCUUCGUUCCGCAGCUGGGUAUCUUCAGCCAAAUCUGUCAUCACAUACCUCCUCGUUUUCACCUUUGUUGCCCUUUGGCACGACAUCAAGCUUCGCCUCCUCAUUUGGGGCUGGCUCAUCGUUAUCUUCAUGGUGCCGGAAUGGACGGCCACUUACUUCUUCCCAAAGAGGAAAUGGGAAAACCGCCCAACGCAGUAUCGUAUGCUCUGCUGCGUUGGAGCAGUUGGAAACGUUCUGAUGAUGAUUUCUGCCAAUUUAGUAGGCUUUGCAGUUGGUCUGGAUGGAUUGCGUAGCAUUCUUAGCAGCAUUCUUCAUGAUUGGUCCGGAGUUUUCUUUAUCCUCAUAGCAUCUUCUUGUCUAUUUGUGGGUAUCCAGAUUAUGUUUGAGAUUAGAGAGUCAGAGAAGAGGAAGGGAGUUACGAUGAAAUGCUAG